UGUUCGCUGAUCGGCGCAGGAAGGGACACCUGCAAGGACAGGCCGCUGAGGACAUUUCCUGAGUGCCUUCGAGCGCAGCAACGACACGUUUAAUGUUUCAGGUCGCUACCUGAGCCAAAAUCACCAUGAUGUUCCGCACGCCGGUUACGGACCUGGUGUCCGCCGCUGUGGAAGGGGAAAGCAACCGCAACUGCCAGAAGCUGUCCAUGCAGCUAGCGCUCUGUCAGGAAGCCUACGGCGCGCACAGGGCUAAAGAGAAGUGCGCGGCGGAAAGCGAGGACUUCAAGGAGUGCAUCUACGGCUUUAAGCAGCGUGCACGAGUGGUCAUCAUGCAACGAGAGCGGGAAAGGCAGUUCAAGAACGGGGAGCGGAAGCAGCACUAUGCCGAAACACCUCCCGUAGAUGGCUUCGCCAUGCGUGAUCCGUUCUCGUAACCUGUUCAUCUGCUGUAGGAAAUAAAUACUGUGCAAGC